AUGGGCGGCUCUACCACUACACACAAUGGCGCGCAUCCCCACGGACCCACACUCGCUUCUAUUUUGGGUGUAAAAGGCCCCCUGCGUUUCCGACCUCAUGGUUCAAGCCAGAAACCCCACGUAGUGCUACGACGCGUCCAGAUAUCCGAUGAUUCGAGUGAAGAUGGAGAGUCAAACACCAUAGUAUACUUUAGCUUGUUUGCAUCGAAGCGCAUCGAAGUGAAGCCGGGCAAGGAAAUACUGCUUUCAGUGGAUGGAAGCAUCGAGAACCACCCAAUAUUAUUGGAGGGCGAUUUGGCUACUAGGGAAGAAGAAGAGGUCGUAGAGAAUGUAGAGGACGGCUUACCGCAGCUGACUGAAGUCAUACCACCUAAAAUGCGGAGGGGAUGGAAGGUUCGUCCAGACGAAGGCAACGAGAACGCAGCACCUAUCGUCAAAGCAUUGGAGUUACCAGUGGCUCACGAGUCGAUUGGUAUCCAGGUGGAACCGAUCUUGACUACUACCUAUACGCAGACAGAAGUGUCCAAUAUCUCUGUGAGCGUACAGGCUGAACCAGUGCUCCAAGGAGUCGCUGUACAAUCUGACGCGACACCUUAUACUUCAAUAUCGAUUCAAGCAACUGAAUCGCGCGUCUUAACAUCGACAGAUGUUCAGACAGAGCCACCACCCCUGGUCGUUUCUCCGGUUUCUGCACGCCGCAGUCUAUCGCCCAUGGAGCUUGAUUCGCCCAGUAACUCACGUUUACCUUCGCCAGCAAGCACCAGGAAUGCCCCCUUAGUAGCGCAGUCGAAGUCAUCGAAUACUGUCCAUAACACUCCUCUGACAAUGUCCCCGUCCCAGACGGAUUCGACUCAACCGUCAGUCAUAUUCUCGCCACUCACACGACCUUUGGCGUCCCUUUCUCGCGCAUCAUCCAUUGCCUCUAGUUCUGGUGCACAGGAUAUGCAGUUCUCUCCCAUCGAAGAAAAGCAACGCAAUAAGCCAUUCCCGAUUUUCCCCAUCCGCGAACCUCCCUUUGUUGAAGCCACUGUACAGCACGACGAUAAUUCCAUAGAUAGUACCCCUCACUCAUCUCCUCCGCCUUCAGUUGAAAAGGAUGAAUAUGUGAAAGGUGAUAAACAUCAUGGAAUUGACGAGGGAAGUCAACAAUUAGCGCCAACAGUAGAAUCUCAUGAUCGUAAGGGGUUCGUCAAGAUUGAAGACCUAACGGAUGAUUCCCCUGUUAUUUCUGUAGCAAGUCCGUCUCGCAAGCGCAAGCGCUCGCUUGUCCGAGAGAUAGUCGCACCAGAACCAGAGGCUACUACGUCAGGUCAACACUAUGCUACUCGCCUUUCACCCCCAGUACCUUCACCUGCUGUUGCCCUUUGCGCCCCGCCCAUCCCUAUGUCCACUAGCCUUCCCAAUCCAAUCACGCCCUCUCCCCCGCCAGCCCUAGCUUCUUCACCACCACGGGUCUUGGGGGACGAGUUACGACCUUCAGGGUCUCGCCCAUUGAGUCAAAGACCGAUGUCCGAUCUGCCGAAUCUAUCAAGCUUCUUCGUUCCCGCCUCCAAACCUCCCACCCCGGCCAAUAAACCGCCGCCCACACACCCAAGACUACCUCCUACUCAACCUCAGGCUAUGUCAGGUCGUGCGAGGGGCGGGACAGGACAGCCGUCAUCACUUGAUGCGAGAUCCUUUGGGUACAUUCCUACUGGCCCGAUGUCCAACCCACUUGGAAUUAGGCCUUCAGCGCCUCCGACUGCUCCUUCGGCCAUGGUAAACAAUGGACAGUCACAGAAGGCACCGCCUACUGCUCCAAAGUUACUCGUUAACUCUGCUGCACUCAGCGCGCCUAAGAUGCCUGGGAGCUUGAAAGGCCUGUCCCAACCUACUUCAACCAAUGGGAGUUCUGCAAACGCAACUCCGCAACGUAAGAAACUCGUGGUGGGCAAUUCAUGGUCGGCUGCCAAAGCUUCUGGGAGCGCCGCACAGAAUGAGAAAGGAACUACUCCGACAUCUAAUGGUCUCUCGCUGGUCGCUCGUCUUACUGACAAGCAACCUGGCCGUACCACCUCCGCAGAUAUUGAUGUCGACCUCCCAUAUGGAUCAGAACAACCGCCACCUCCCCCUCCUCAGCCAAUCACCCCAGCGCCUCCUCAACAUUUACCUCCAGUACAACCCGCGCCACCUCCGCCUCCCGCUUCUCCGCCGUCCCAGCCUGACCCUCCUCCGAUACCGGGUCUUAUUCCUACCCCCCCUCCUACCGGGACUAUAAAGUGGAGGCCCGCCGUUCUUCCUAUGACAUGGAACCCUUCAACCUCCGCCGUACCUUAUACACCACCAAACCUCACGGCGAACAAAGCUCCAAUUAAGAUUACUACCAAGGCGCCCGCGCCGUCUGCACCGUCCCAGCCCAAUGUUCCCAAAACGGAACCUUUGGAUCUCUUCGAAAUCCCCAUACCUAUCGAAGCCAUAAGUCCAUCACCCAAACCGACGUCACCCCAUACACCAAUUUCGUUAGCGUCUAGACUGACAUCCCAUCGUAACCCAAACGAAAUUCCACUUCCCCCUUCUCCUCUACGUGCUUUCCCAAACCUGACUUCGAUCGAAUCACGGCCUGUGCCGCCUCCAACCACGAACGGUCCUCCGAAAGACCCCGUACCAGGCAGUUCAACUGUUUCGCCUAAGACUCCUUAUCCUCUUAUGACUCUCCCUAUGACACAUCCUCUUCCUCCCAAGCCUAUCGCUGCUCCGACGCGACCUGGUCCUCGUGGCGUGAAGCGGGAAUCACCAGACGUGGAUGUCCACAAGAAACGACGGAGAAAAUUCAGGUGGCCCACAGUAGACCCUCUACGCACCGUCGCGCUCAAAGGCGAAGGUGAUUUGUCCGUAAAGACAAUUGCUUUCAACUCGGAUGGCACACAGUUCGCUAUAUGUUGCUCUGAUCGAACCGUUAGGAUAUGGUCCAACCAAAAUUACGCGGAGUUGGCGCGGUUGACGCAUAAUGCUCCCGUCGUGUCUGUGUUGUGGUUGACUGGGGAUACCGGCGUAAUAACCCUCAGCGACGAUGGAGUCGUGAGUAAAUGGAUAAAAACUGGGCCUAACCAUUGGCAAUGGGCCAAGAUCCUGGAUGCGGGCAAUGAACGUCGAGUAGACGACGAUCCCAUGUGCCUGGCCUACAGGGCAGAUAGGAUCGCUGUUUCAUUUCCCAAGAUCGGUGUCAAGGUAUGGCUGUGGUCGAAAGGAACAUGGCAACCCCAACGUUCGAUCGUUAGACAGAACGUCACUGCGAUCAAGUUUGUAGAUGAUGGUCAGGCGUUACUUGGGGGCACGAAGGACGGAGUGUUGUGGUAUUGCGAGAUACCGAACGGCACUUUACGCGCCUACGCAUUCCUCCGGUCCAAGAUAACUCAGAUUGAUAUAAACCGUCAGGCGUCGCAGGCGUUGGUUGCCCAGUCCAGCGCCUGUUGUCACCUAGUCUGGGUCGAACAGUCUGAUAACAAGGGCAAGGUCGAGCAGGUGUAUUCAUUUAAAGACCUGGACCUGCGCAACGAGUUUGGUGCCAUAUAUGCUGCGCAAGAUCAGGCUGUACUUUUCGGAGAUGUCGAGGGGUGUAUCCCUGUCUGGGAUAAGAAGAAAGCAGUUGUGGUAUACGGUUUGGAUCACGGUGAAGACACGACUAUUCAAGCAGUCGCGAGCUGUGAUCACCCUAGUAAAGAUGUCGUCCCUUGCAUUAUUACAGGAACUAAGGAAGGACAACUGAGCUGGUGGUCCCAACCCGCGUCCAAUCCGCAGGCUUCGUCGACGGACGACGCCGCCCGCAAACGGCACAAAGGUUCUUCGUGA